UCCUUAAUUCACUUCCAAAUUCCAAUUUCCAAGUUCCAUCUGAAACAGAGAAAAAGAAAGCGAGAGAGAUGGGAGAUUGCAGGCCAUUGGGGUUCCUGCUGGGGCUGCCAUUUGCGUUGGUUGCACUAGUUUUAUCAGUGGUUGGGGCAGUGAUAUGGAUCAUCGGAUCUGUGCUGAGUUGCCUGUGCCCGUGCUGCAUCUGCUGCGCCGGCCUAGCAAAUAUGGCGGUGGGUCUCGUCAAGCUUCCGGUCAAGGUGCUCCGAUGGUUCACCCACCAAAUACCCUGUUGAUGUUUUCUCCAUCCAUCUCUUUUUUUUUCUUUCUCUUACUAUCAUCACAUCCAUUUUUUGUUUCGUAGUUGUAUAUUACGUGUAUUUCAGAAAUUUAUAGAUCAGAUUUAUAAUAAUGGUAUUCUUUUUUAUCA